AUGUCGGCCACCUCCACCUCCCUUCGUUCGUUCGCCAAUUCCUACUCUCCUUUCUCAUCCCGACCGCAACCUCCACAACGAAUGGCCCAAUCUCAGACUCCCGGUCUGGACACGCUCGCAGAGGGAUCCCAGUACGCACUUGAGCAACUGCAGCUGGCGCGUCAAGCCAGCGCGUCCAACCCGCCACUUGAUCCCGACGGCAAGCCGAUCAACGAGAAUGAAUCCAUCGAGGCACAACCCUAUCGUGAGGCAAAUGGCAACCACCCCUCGGGCAGAUCAGCAUCGCAAUCGCAUGAUCCUCUCGUAGAUGCCCGAUCGGCCAUCCGAAAGAACUCGUCCGCCUCGGCAGUUCGCCGCAGAAUCAGCCGGGCCUGCGAUCAAUGCAACCAGUUGCGCACCAAAUGCGACGGACAGCAACCUUGCGCGCAUUGUAUCGAAUUUGGGCUCAGCUGUGAGUAUGCACGAGAACGCAAAAAGCGUGGGAAGGCCUCGAAAAAGGACCUCGCUGCAGCCGCCGCGGUCGCAUCUUCCAACAGUGACAGAGGACAGCAUGAAAGCGGGUCUGCAAAUGGUGCUUCCCCCAUCCGCCAAGGCUCACACGAUGUGAACGUGUCCUAUGACCCGCCAUUUGACGCAGCUCGGUCGAUUCCCGAACCUGCUCAACAGCAGCAACAGCAACAGCAACAGCAACAACAGCAACAACAACAACAGCAGCAGCAACAACAACAGCAGCAGCAACAACAACAACAGCAGCAGCAACAGCAUUUGCGAAGUAAUGGUGCUCCAAAUUUAUCGAGGAUGCAGCAAAACCCCCACUCUGUUGCGGGGCAUCCGCAGCAACAAGCGGUAGGACCUGGGAUGGAUGGACUUUCGCUCAACUAUGCCAACGUACCGGAAUCAAAUCGACCGUCCAUGCCCGUCCCCGACAUGCGUUCGCUCCAGUUGAUGCAACAAAAUGGGAAUCCACGAUCACCAGCUCCGGUUCUUCAUUCGCAGGGAUUUGGAUCAGGAUAUCAUGAUGGACAAUAUUCGUUGUUGAACUCGCACGAUGCAAACGCAACCUCUAUCAGCCAGUUUCGACUCGGUAGCUCUGCCGAGAAUCCGUCCGCACCAUUCAUGGGCUUCUCUCCCCCAGCACAGUCUCCGAGCUGGCUUCCACUCCCAUCACCAUCACCUGCCAAUUUCCCGUCCUUCAGCAUGGCGCCGUUCACUAGCUCCUUAAGAUACCCCGUGUUGCAGCCAGUUCUCCCGCAUAUCGCCUCCAUUAUUCCUCAGUCUCUUGCUUGUGAUCUGCUGGAUGUAUACUUCACCAGCUCAUCCUCUUCUCACAUGUCGCCUUCUUCGCCAUAUGUGGUCGGCUUCGUAUUCCGCAAACAAUCAUUCCUGCAUCCCACAAAGCCACGAGUGUGCAGUCCCGGUCUGUUAGCAAGCAUGCUGUGGGUCGCAGCGCAGACCAGUGAAGCGGCCUUUUUAACGUCACCUCCGUCAGCCCGAGGGCGUGUUUGCCAGAAGCUACUCGAGCUGACUGUCGGCUUGUUACGACCACUCAUUCAUGGCCCCGCCACGGGAGAGGCAUCGCCCAAUUAUGCAGCCAACAUGGUCAUCAACGGAGUGGCAUUGGGAGGAUUUGGGGUCUCGAUGGAUCAAUUGGGCGCACAAAGCAGCGCGACCGGUGCGGUGGACGAUGUCGCCACCUACGUCCAUCUUGCGACGGUGGUCUCGGCGAGCGAAUACAAGGCUGCCAGUAUGCGGUGGUGGACCGCAGCAUGGUCGCUCGCUCGUGAGCUCAAGCUGGGCCGUGAGCUCCCACCGAAUGCCAACAACCGCCAGGACGGCGACAUUGAGGGCGAAUCAGAACUGGACAUGAAUGGGAACAAGAGGCAAUCGAAUUCACUUCUUAAUGCCAUGGGACAUGGAUCUGGGAGCUCGUCCAUCAAUCUCACGGAAGAAGAGCGUGAAGAGCGCCGCCGCAUUUGGUGGCUUUUGUAUGUGAUGGAUCGCCACUUGGCCUUGUGCUACAACCGCCCCUUGACGUUGCUGGACAAGGAGUGCGAGGGUUUGUUACAACCCAUGAAUGACGAUCUCUGGCAAGCGGGUGACUUUUCCGCUGCCAGCUACCGCCGCGCUGGACCGGCUUUCGAGUGUACUGGCCACAGCACAUUUGGCUACUUCCUCCCGCUCAUGUCCAUCCUCGGAGAAAUUGUCGAUUUGCAACAUGCCCGAAACCAUCCUCGCUUCGGGCUUCAUUUCAGAAACAGCGGUGAAUGGGAAAGUCAAGCGAUAGAGAUCACCCGCCAGCUGGACGUCUAUGCACAAAGUCUCAAAGAGUUUGAAGCGCGUUAUACGAGCUCUCUGGCUUUGGGCGCGGAUAACGAUACGACGAUGGAAGGGGCACACCUCAACCACGUGAGCCCAUCUGGUCGGUCGAAUAGCAGUACUGUCGGAUCGCAUGUGAACGAGUCCAUUGUCCACACCCGAAUGGUCGUUGCCUACGGCACGCAUAUCAUGCAUGUGCUCCAUAUCCUCCUCGCUGGGAAAUGGGACCCGAUCAAUCUCUUGGACGACAAUGACCUGUGGAUUUCCUCCGAUUCUUUUAUCACCGCAAUGGGCCAUGCGGUCAGUGCAGCCGAAGCGGCCGCAGACAUUCUCGAAUAUGACCCAGACCUCAGUUUCAUGCCCUUCUUCUUUGGUAUUUACCUGCUGCAAGGCAGCUUCCUGCUUCUUCUGACGGCGGACAAAUUGCAGGGCGACGCUAGCCCUAGCGUGGUCCGAGCCUGCGAAACCAUUGUGCGCGCACACGAGGCAUGUGUUGUGACUUUGAACACGGAGUAUCAGCGAACCUUCCGGAAGGUCAUGCGAUCCGCUCUUGCCCAGGUACGGGGCCGAGUUCCGGAGGACUUUGGCGAGCAGCAACAGCGCAGACGUGAAGUUCUCGCCCUCUACCGCUGGAGUGGCGACGGCAGCGGCCUUGCACUGUAA